AUGCAUCAGCCUUCGGGGUUUAUUGAUCCUGAGCACCCUGAUUACGUAUGUCGACUACGCAGAUCGCUAUAUGGUCUCAAGCAGGCUCCUCGGGCGUGGUUUCAGAGGUUUGCCAAAUUUAUUACUAAUUGUGGUUUCCGUGGUAGUAUGUGUGAUCCAUCUCUCUUUGUUUAUCAAUCCGUCUCGGAUACAGCAUAUUUACUGCUAUAUGUAGAUGAUAUUGUUUUGACUGCCUCUAACAAUAGUCCUCUACACCGCUUCAUUGAUUUGAUGAAAAGGAAAUUUGCCAUGUCUGACCUUGGACUGCUACAUCAUUUUCUAGGUAUUAGUGUCACUCGAUCAUCUUCAGUGUUAUAUUUGUCUAAGUCAUUAUAUGCUCAAGACAUCAUUGCUCGUGCCUCCAUGACACAAUGUAACCCAGUGGAUACUUUGGUCGACACCAACUCCAAACUCAGUGCUACUUCAGGUCCUACGGUUAAGGAUCCUACUCUAUACAGAAGCCUAGCUGGAGCUUUACAAUACCUCACCUUCACCAGGCCAGACAUCUCAUACGCGGUUCAACAGGUAUGCUUAUUCAUGCACGACCCCAGAGAGCCUCACAUGCAGGCCCUUAAGAGGAUCAUUCGCUAUCUUCAGGGAACAAUUCAUCACGGUUUGUUUAUCUCGGUCUCCACUACUUCUGGAUUAACGACAUACUCUGAUGCUGAUUGGGAGGGAUGUCCUGAUUCUCGCCGAUCGACUUCGGUUUACUGUGUCUUUCUUGGUGACAACCUCGUCUCCUGGUCAUCUAAACGUCAGGCAACAAUUUCUCGAUCCAGUGCUGAAGCUGAAUACCGGGGGGUAGCAAAUGUUGUCGCUGAAACUACAUGGCUUCGCAACCUCCUUCUGGAGAUUCAUCUUCCUCUACGACGUGCUAAUAUCGUAUAUUGUGAUAAUGUGAGUGUGAUUUAUAUGUCUGGAGACCCUGUUCAACAUCAACGCACCAAGCAUGUGGAAAUUGAUAUACACUUUGUAUGUGAACGCGUUCGUAUUGGUGACAUUCAUGUUCUUCACGUCCCCUCUGAAAACCAGUAUGCUGACAUCUUCACCAAGGGACUUCCUCGUCAGUUAUUUGUUCGUUUUCGGUCUAGUCUUAGCGUUUGCUCUUCUCUCGCUCAGACUAAGGGGGUGUAA